AGCGUUUCCGUUUCAAUUUUCGUAAUGGUUUCCCUCUUAAAUCCCCAUCGCAUUUCGAAACCAUAGAAGCGGAGAAAGAGGAACAUUUCUUCACUCGCUGCUCUGAUCAUAUUUUGAAUUCAAAACUCCAACAUUGAGUGCGGAUGGCGACAACUUGUGGUUCUCUGUUAACUGAGUUACAGAAAAUAUGGGAUGAAAUUGGAGAGUCGGAUGAUGAAAGAGAUAAAAUGCUUUUUGAGCUGGAACAAGAGUGCCUGGAUGCAUAUAGAAGGAAAGUGGAACAGGCAAAUCGUGGCCGGUCUCAGCUAAGGCAAGCAGUUGCCGAAGCUGAAGGGCAGCUUGCAGACAUAUGUGCUGCAUUAGGAGACCAACCAGUUCAUAUAAAAAAGAGUUCUGGGGGCUUGAAAAACGAGCUUCAUGGGAUUAUGCCUCACUUAGAAGCUAUGAAAAAGAAAAGGAAUGAGAGGAAGAGUCAGUUUGUGGAGGUUGUGAAGCAAAUAAGCAGCAUUUCUGAUGAGCUUGGAGGAACUGAGAAAAGGAAUCUUGACACGAUUGUCAUUGACGAAAAUGAUUUAUCUUUGAAGAGAUUAGAUGAUUUGAGAAAUAAGUUGGUUUUGCUGCAGAAAGAAAAGGUUGAGCGUCUGAAUCAGAUUCUUGAAAAACUGAAUAAUCUGAAAGGCCUGUGCUCGGUGCUUGGAAUGGACUUCAACUCAAUACUUCAUGGCGUUAACCCAAGUUUGGAUGACACUCAUGAAAUUAGAUGUAUAAGUGGAGAUACAAUAGAAGGCUUAUCAUCUACGAUACUAAGGCUUAAGAAUGCGAAAUUGGAGCGUAUGCAGAGGCUUCAAGAUCUUGCAAUGACUAUGGUGGAGCUUUGGAAUCUGAUGGAUACACCAUUUGAGGAACAACAAAUGUUCCAAAAUGUUACACGUAUUAUUGCUUCUUCCGAAGAUGAAAUAACAGAGCCUGAUAGUCUAUCCUUGGAUCUCAUCAAUAAUGCUGAAGCUGAAGUCAAAAGGCUGCAACAAGUAAAAAUGAGAAAAAUUAAGGAAGUAAUUCUGAAAAAGAGAGUGAUUUUAGAAGAGAUCUGCCGAGAUGCACACAUGGUUGUUGAAGAACUUGGAGAGCAUCUUUCUGUUGAAUCCAUGGAGUCUGGGGCAAUCAGUCCCUCCGAUUUACUUGAGCAACUGGAGCUUCAGAUUUCCAAGGUUAAAAUGGAAGCUUUAAGUAGAAAAGAGAUUCUCGAAAAGGUGCAAAAAUGGUUGGCUGCUUGUGAAGAGGAAUGCUGGCUGGAGGAGUACAACAGGGAUGACAAUCGUUACAAUGCUGGGAGAGGCACACAUCUCAUGCUAAAGCGCGCUGAGAAAGCCCGUAUUGUUGUCAACAAAAUUCCUGCAAUGGUUGAUGCGCUGAAAUCAAAAUUGAAAGCCUGGGAGAAUGAAAGAAAUGUCGAUUUCCUAUAUGAUGGUGUGGGAGCUAUGUCCAUGCUCGAUCAGUACUGUGAGAUAAAGCACUUGAAAGAGCAAGAGCGCCAAAGGCAGAGGGAUCAGAAGAAACUUCAUGGAAUGUUGAUGACCGAACAAGAAUCACUCUAUGGAUCAAAACCUAGUCCUUCCAAGAGUGGCAACAAGAAUUUUAGACAGUCGAAUAUAGGUGCUGCUAACAAGAAGUUUUCUCUAGGAGGGUCAUUGCUGCAAAGCACAAUUGGAGACAAACCUGCAGCCCCGUCUCGUUCCCUUCUCAAGAAUAACCCCGUGAAACGUCAGGGUACUUACAGCCAUCACUCUGGCAAGAUAAACACACCCGGCGGGGCGAUCAAGAACCCGCCCAGCAAUGCUUCGAAAGCACGGCAAGCCGAAGCUGCGCCUCAACGGAAACCCCUCUCCCCCAUAUCUUCAUUAUCUUCCAACAUCAUUCCUCCUUGCAGCUUCUCGGACCUGAAAAGCCAGAGUGGUGACUGCCACGACGUGCACGCCUUGUGCAGGACUCCAGUAGUGACCCCGACAAAAAACAUGUAUUCCACGCACGACGAAAAUGGAACUCCAAAGGUGAUGGUGUCGGUGGCGGCCACACCUCCAACAGUGUCUGUGGCCAUGCAGACUGCCGCAACCCCUUUCACUCCAGGCAUGCGCGGCGGCCGUGGAAAAAAUCAGGAAAUCGAGUACUCGUAUGAAGAGAGACGAGCCGGUUUCGUCGUCGCCCCUUCGAAAUCUUUCCAUCUGGUUUGAUCCAGAAUGAUGAGGUCUUGAGACAGACAGGGUAACAAAAGUAACACUGCUUUUAUUCAGGUACGUACGUACGUAGAAUGAAUACAAGGACUGAAGUGAAGCUUUCUCUGUGUGAUUUGGAUUUGGGAGAAUUCUAAGAAAGAUCUGAUUUGAUUUGACUUGACGAUGGAAUUUAUGGUUUGCCAACCUCAAAUGUUGUUUCUAAAUUUAGGUUAUGUUUUUAUGUGUGUGUCUCUUUCAAAUUUCCUUUGGAAACAUUAUCUAAAUUUAUACCCUUCAAAAACAUUGUUGC